AUGCGCUAUACGUUGGGGUUGGGAGCGUCGGAGUGCGGUUACCUGAGCGCAGAGGAACUGCGCCUCGUACGGGACAGUUUCAUUUACCUGGACACGGACGGCGAUGGCGUCGUGCGGCUGCAGGAGCUGAGGGAUGCCUUCAGGGAUGGCAUGUUGGCGAUGGAAUCGCCAGGCAGCGAGGCACUUGAUUUUUCCGCGUAUCUGGAGCUCUUUGCCCCGCACAUAAACAUGGUGAGGCAGCUCGCGGUCAACGUCUCUGUGGACCUCCUGGACGACGAGAUGUGCCUUCUGGAGGCGGCCUUUGACAACAUGGACACAAACGGUGAUGGCGUUAUUGACGAGGAGGAACUGUGUGGCGCGCUCACCGAGAGUCUGGGCAUGUGCGAGGCCAACCACUCCACUAUUUGGUUGACGGGCGUGGUUAUGGCGCGCGUUGACCGUGAUGCCGACAGAAGGAUCACAGCGUCAGACUUUAUUCGUGCGCUGCAGGAAGACGGCGGCGUGGUCCCCAGGCAGCUUAUCACGCUUUGCUUAAAAACUCAAAUGGAGCGAGACCGGUUACAGGCGGCUGCCUCUUGUCGUGGGAGUGGCGUCUUCACUCCUCUUUGCCGCCCUUUCUCUCCCCAUGGGGUGUUUCUAGUCUUGCGUGUUGCUGACUCGCUUUUAUGCAACGAGGCAAUAUUGACAGCUGCACAGUUCUGUGCAUCCUUUAACGAUGGCUUGAUAGGUCUGCAGCAGUUGCUAUGCAACACCCCGGAGGAGCUGGCGUCGCACUUGUGCUGCAGGGCGCUUCUCUUGUCUCCGCACCCAGGCACCAUGGGUGGUAUCGACUGUAGACGUUUUUUGGAUCUCAUUCUGGACGACCCUCGUCGCAUGCUCUUGAACGUGCCCUCGCAUGCCUGCCGCCUGGAGUCCUCGAUGUGUCACCUGGCGGGUCUUUCGUACAACGUCGGGCGUCAGCUUGCGCUGAUUUUGUGGUCCCCCGAUCUGGACGCGUACACUGUACAGCAGCUGGACGAGUUGCCACAGCGGCUGCGGGACACUUUCCCGGCAAUGAAGGGGUCGGCGUUGUGGUCCAUCGUCCGGUAUUGCACCGCGGCCGCGGCGGUGACGAGCAACGGGACGUUUUCGCUUCGGCAACUGGUGCGCCGACUCACAAUCCGCUUCUGCGUGCUGCCUUGCGGGUACACGGGAAAGCUUUGGCGGCGGCUGAGCCCCCAGGAACGGUGCCGCAUACGCUUCCUUAUGCUCCGCACACCCGUGGAAGACUUCUACACCAUGACUCGUAAGCAGCUCUGGGAGCGCGUACGAGCCAGCCUACUCAAUUCGGAUGAAUUUCUGGAUCAGGAACCAGUGGCCUCUGCUGUGGCAACAUGUCUGGAGUCAAUGAUCCUUGUGCAGAAGAUGCCGCUGGAGAAGGUGCGGCAGACAAUUGCGCAGGAGAGUUGGCCGCCGUCGGACGAGUUACCCGGCGAGGACUGCCGGAUGGACAUCGCUGUGAAGAUGAUGAUGCUUGACUUGGGCCGUGAGGGCCUUUCCGCCGUGACUAACUUGCUUGACCGUCUGAACACGGUCUCUGACGGCAUCAUCAAUGAGAGGCUACUCCUAUCGACGCUCCAUGGCGUGGUGAGGCGGCUGCGCCCGUGCUGGAGCAACGCACGGGUGAAUGGGGCGGUGUUUGAUGUCGUCUUGAGCUGUGAGUUGACAGAGGAGGGGGAGUGCGUGAAGUGCAGCGGCCUCUUGGAGCGUCUGCGGCAGGUUCAGUAG